GUGUUUUGAAUAAGGUUUGAUAGAACGGCAACAACAACCAAGAUGGGAGCCGAUGGAGGCACGAUAGCCAAGAGAAAAGAUCUUAUAAAUGUCCAUAGUAGUCUAGAUAAGAAGAACUCGACAGGUAUAGGUUAUGACAACGAGCUAACGUUAUUAAACAGUUGUGGAAUAUCAGCCUUCCCGUUACAUACCAAAUCUAAUGAUCCAAUAGUCGGAGACUACAAGGGAAGAUUAUACCUCAAGGAAAAGAUAUUACAGUACUUAAUAGAUUCUAAACAAAGUAAAUCAAGAGUGAACCCAAAGCUUAGCCAUAUAACUUCUUUGAAAGAUAUCUGUGAUGUUAAAAUAGAGUGGGAUACCAGUGAUGAGCCACGCAUACGAUGUCCAAUUACAAAAAUACUGAGUGCAAAAAGUACUUAUGCAUAUUUACGUCCAUGUGGAUGUCUAAUGUCGUCUAAAGUGAUCACGGAAUUAAAUCAAAACAAUUCCAAGGGGAAAUGUCCCAAUUGUGAUGCGACAUUUUCCAGUGAUUGUGAUGUAGUAAUUGUUAAUCCUUUAGGAAAGGAGGAGUAUAACAAGUUGAAUGAAAGUAGUUAUAAGAUUUUAUGUAAUCAACAGUUGUCACAUUCGAAGAAACCUAUAAAGAGUAAGAAGGUGGAACGGAAACAGUCAAUAAAGAGGGCGGCUGACUCUCAGGAACCAGUUUCAAAACGUAUUAAACCAUGAGAGUUUCUUUCCUCUCAAAAUGUAUUAAUUCAUAGACUUGGUUUUCGUAUUCUGUAUAUAUUAAUCAAUAUUUAUAUACAUUGUAACUAAUUGGACUAUUUACACAUAAGGGAAGUUGUUACUUCUUGUUGUUGUUUUUUUUUCUGAACUCUUCAUAUACACUUGCUUAUUGCUUGUCUCCUUCAGCUUCAGUACGAGCUUCACGAUAUUCUUUUUGGUCGAAUUUCAAUUUGUUUUUGUUCCAAGGAGCAAAAUCUGAAUUGGCGUAAAUAUUGAAUAAGAUAGAACCAGUACCAAUAACACAGAAACCCACAAUACCUAAGAUUGUAACUCUAUGGAUGGCAUCAGUAGCACGAACGUGGAAUGGAAGUUGGUUUGGACUAUUGACCAUGGUUGAUUAUAUUGUGUAUCGUAU